AUGGCGAGAGGGCAUGUCGCUGCAGCGAGAGCGCCGCAUUUCAGACCGUAUAUAAGGGUUCUUAGAGGACUGUGCAAGGGUUAUUUCAAAACUCUCGACCCCUCUCUUCUCCCUUUCGCAUUUUCGGUCGAUUCCCGCUCCAAAUCACUAGGAAACCCCAACCUUUUGCGUGAUUCUAGGCCGAAGGGAGUGAUUGAAGCCAUUUUGGGAAAGUUCUUGCAGAUUCUAGACUUGAAUAACCGAGAGCACCUUGAAAAAAACACUGGAUUACGAUACCAGAACGAGAACGGGUCACUCCCGGACCAGCACAGUCCCUCUAGACCUACCAAAUGUGCUGUUGAAGGCCAGAUGAGUACUCUCACCCUUGCAAUUGUUGUUGUUGUGAUGUUGUGCUGCGAUAAUCGUACCUUGAUACGUGAGCAGAUCAGGCAGUUUCAAAUGAACCAAACUUUGAAGCUACUGAUUUUAUGUGCAUGGACUUGUUUAUUCUCUGCACUGAGAUGUACCGCAAGAGCUGAUCCUCCAGUAGCAACAAACGAGGACCCCAAAUUUACUACUGAAGGUGCCAGUUCAGAAAGUUACAACCAGUUCAUUGAAAUUCUUCGAGACCGUCUAAGAGGUGGGCAGAUACAUGAGAUACCUGUGCUUAGAGAUCCAACAACAGUGCAAGAUAGAAAUCGAUAUGUAACAAUCGAACUCUCAAACUCGGCGACGGUAUCUAUCCAAAUAGGUAUCGAUCUGACUAAUGCAUACGUUGUAGCAUACCAAGCAGGAAGUCGGUCUUAUUUCUUCCGUGAUGCCCCACAAUCUGCAUUUAACAACCUUUUCAAUCCCACGGAGCAGUUCACACUUCCUUUUACUGGUGCUUACGGUGAUCUAGAGAGGACGGCUCGUCGGUCUAGAGAGCAAAUAACACUAGGGUUACAGCCCUUGAUACAUACGAUAUCGUUUUUACAUAGUGAGCGCGAUGACAAUCAAGAAAGAGCUCAGUCCAUGAUCGUGAUAAUCCAAAUGGUUGCAGAAGCAGCUCGAUUUGAGUACAUAUCACGCCGGGUUCGUGUCAGCAUCCGAACUGGUAACACGUUUCUACCUGAUUCUCCCAUGUUAAGUUUGGAGAACAAUUGGAGUGGUCUAUCAAGAGGUGUUCAACAAUCAGUGCAAGGAACUUUUCCAAAUAAUGUCGUGUUAACAAAUCAUCGUAGCGAACCUGUUAUUGUAGAUUCCGUGGCCAGUGUUGUUCCCAUUCUAGCACUGAUGCUUUUUGUCUGCAAUCCAAUUGCAAACCAAUCACCUCUAGUAAUAAGAUCGAUUGUGGAAAGAUCAGAGACCUGCAAUUCUUUUGAACCAACCGUGCACAUUGCUGGUCGAGAUGGGAUGUGCGUGGUUGUGUCUGACAAUGCCUAUAACGACGGCAAUCCUAUCAUAACGUGGAAAUGCGCAGACCAAGAGAACCAGCUGUGGACCUUGAAACAAGACAAGACGAUAAGGUCCAAGGGGAAGUGUUUAACGACAUACGGUAAUGCUGUUCCAGGGAAUUACGUCAUGAUAUUUGAUUGUACCUCCGCAGCAGCAGGGGCCACUAAUUGGGAGAUUUGGGACAAUGGAACUAUUAUCAAUCCAAGCUCUGGCUUGGCCUUGAGUGUUGAAUCCAGUGGCAUGGGAAAGACACUUACCGUGCAAACAAACGAAUAUCGAAUGCGACAGGGCUGGCGCACAGGAACUGACACAGGCCCUUUUGUAACUUCAAUUGCUGGGUAUUUGGAUCUCUGCAUGGAAGCGCACGGAAGUAAUAUGUGGCUGGCUGACUGUGAUAGAAAUAAGAAGGAGCAGCAAUGGGCACUUUACCCAGAUGGUUCUAUACGUCCAGUGCAAAAUACAAACAGCUGUUUAACAUCUGAAGAACACAAACAAGGAGCUACCAUUGUCAUGAUGGCUUGUAGCAAUGCAUGGGCUAGCCAACGAUGGGUGUUUAGAAAUGAUGGUACCAUCUAUAGUUUAUACGACGACAUGGUGAUGGAUGUGAGACGCUCUGAUCCAAGUCUUAAACAGAUAAUACUUUGGACAUGGACUGGUAACCCUAACCAAAAGUGGGUUACUUUGUUUUAA